GAGAGUGUGUGUGUGUAUUUCGUUGUUUCUUUUGCCCUUGGCUUCCCCCGCAAUAUUUUAUACCACCGCACCCUGUGUCGGCCGCGUGGACAACGGCUGUCAGAAGGAGAGGGGCACGGACGCGAAAGGCUUUUUCUAAUUUAGAUUUCCCGGGGUUGUUUUUUUUUUGGGGGGGUGGUCAUUUUGCGGACUAGACGCUGCGACCUCACAGCACACGGAAGGAGGGGGAAGAGAGAAGAGAGUCGGUGGAACCGCACACGAACAAUACAAGAAGAAAUAAAAGAAUGGAGCAAUUUGCUUCGGUGAAGUCGAUGAUCGACAACCUCCGGUCCGAAGACCCGGAGGCGCGGCUGAACAGCAUGCGAGGCAUCCACCUCAUCGCGGCCACUCUCGGCCCCGAGCGCACCCGCGAUGAACUGCUCCUCUACCUCACCGACUACCUCGACGACAACGACGAGGUGCUGCGCGUGUUUGCGAACGCACUCGGCACGAUGCUGCCAGAGGUGGGUGGGAUGGAAUACACGAGCAGCCUUCUCGCACCGCUGGAGAUCCUCGGCAGCCUGGACGAGGUGACGGUCCGCGACGAGGCCGUGGCGUCGCUGCAGCUGAUCGGGGAGCAGAUUUUCAAACCCUCCUCGCUCGACGGCAACAAAAAGAAGAGCGCCGUCACAAAGGCGCAGGAAGACUUCAUUGCGAUGGUGCGCCGGCUGGGCGAGAGCAUGCCGCAAUGUCGCAGCACCGCCUGCGCCCUCGUCUCCGUCGUCUACCCAGGCGCGGACGCCCCCACCAAGGCAGAUCUCAUGAAGCUGUUCCUGAAGCUGUGCGAGGAUGACGAAAUUCUAGUGCGCCGCUCCGCCUGCAUUGCGAUGGGGAAGUACCUGGCCGGUGUGCUGGGACCCAAAGGCUGCUCCGAGCUCGUGCCGGUGCUGAACGCCGUUUCGAAAGACGAGAGCGACGGGGUGCGGUUGCAGGCCGUCACCACCUCCGCCUCGCUUCUGCAGGUGCUGCCGGAGACGCAGCACUCGGCGGUGCUGCUCGCGGUACGCUCCUUGUCAUCCGACAGCUCGUGGCGGGUGCGGUACAUGACGGCGGACUCGCUGGGCGCCCUCGCCGCCGCCCUCUCCCCACCCGACGUGGUCAAGUACGCCGUGCCGAUGUUCCGCUCACUGUGCCAGGACGCCGAGCCGGAGAUCCGCGCUGCGGCGGUGUUUAACAUGGCGAACGUCCUCGCCGCCUGCCGCGACGCAACCGGCAAGAAGGAUAUUCUCGUGACGGGCACUCGGCUCGUCUCGGACGACGUGAGCCACGUCCGCAUGAGUCUGGCGAGUGCGGUGCUGAAGUCCGUUGCCCACGUCGCGAAGGAUCUGUGGGGCACGACGAUUGUGCCGGCCUGCACCGCGCUGCUGCGGGACACGGAGGCUGAUGUGCGGCUCGCCCUCGUGUCGGGCUUUAGUUCCAUGGGCAACACCCCGGAGGCGAAGGAGCUCGCCCCCAGUUUGAUACCCGUCGUCAUCAGCCUCGCCAGCGACUCGAAGUGGCGGGUGCGGGAGGUGGUGGUGGCGCAGGUGCCCUACGUGAUCACCUCACUCGGGCGCAGUGCGGAUCAGGUGCUGCAGGUGUGCAUUGAGCGCCUGACCGACCGCGUCGCCACGAUCCGCGAUGCGGCGGUGCAGUCGUGCUGCAAGUUGGUGGCAGAGAACGGCAGCGCGUGGGCCGCGACGUCGCUGCUGCCGCAGGUGCAGAACCUCGUGACGGACCCCAACUAUCUGCACCGGGUGGUGCUGUGUCACCUCUACGCCGCGUUGGCGAACGUCGCGGCGUUUGACGCGGCCACCUGCGCGGCGUCGGUGUGGCCGCAGCUCGUGAUGCUGCAGCAGGACGCCGUGCCCAAUGUGCGCCUUAACGUUGCGAAGACCAUUGUGGCUCUGAGUAGGGCAGAUAAGAUUCCCGCGAAGCUGUCGAAGCCUGUGCUGAGCAAGCUGAGUCAGGAUGCGGAGGUGGACGUGCAGGAGGCGGCGACGACCCCGCUGCCGGUCAAGGCGUCCGUCUCGAAAAAAUGA